AGAUUAACUGUUGGUGCUUCAGGACAAAAGUUUGUUUUCUGUCUCAGACGAGAAUAAAGUUAUUUUUCUUUUUGCAGUAAAACAUUUUUUUGUAAAAAGUGGAGUUUUGGUGUUUGAGUUUGUCAGGAUGACGUCUGCUGGAGUUUCUCUUCUCCUGUUGUUCAGUCUCGUCUCUCCAUCUGUCACGGCUGACGAGUUUCUGGGACCCGCCGAGUGUCUUGACAGGAAUUUUACCCGUCAUUCAUGUGCCCUGGUGUUUUGUCCUCCGUGGCAGCACUGUGUGGACGGACACUGCACCUGUAAACCUCCUUACAGAUGCCCCUCAGGUGGGACCCCCGUCUGUGGACACAACGGCAGGAAGCUCAACUCCUACUGCCAGGCGAUGGCUCUCUCCUGUCGGACCAACAAACCCUCCAUGUCUCACUUCGGUGAUACCUGCACAGCCGAUCAGCCGAAGUUCAGAGGCUCCAUAGAUGAAGGUACUGGAGUGGUCCGGCUCGUCCUGCCCGGCACCGGGAGCUCUGGAGGAGGUGUGGAGGAGGUUCUGGUGUGUCAGGAGCUGUGGGACAUGGCGGCUGCUAACGUGGCCUGCAGGGCGGAGGGACACCACCUCGGUGCAGCGUCCACAGGAUCCACGUCCUCCGUCCUCCUGAAGAGCGUCCACAGCGACCAGCAGCUGCCCAGCAGAUGUGUGAGCAUCCGUUGCCAAGGUUACGAGAACUCCCUUGCAGAGUGUGUGAUCUAUGACAAGAGGGGCGUCGACCACAGGGACGUCGCUACGGCAACCUGCAUACAGCCGCCAGAUGAGCGGUGUGAGUUCAGGUGUGUCAACAGGAAGUGUGUGUCUCUCAGUCAGACGUGUGACGGCGUCGACGACUGCGGCGACCGCAGUGACGAGAUGUGCUGCAAGAAGUGCAGGAACGGAGCUUUCCGCUGCAGCACAGGAGUGUGUUUGCAUAAAGAAGCUGUCGCUGACGGACAGAUCGACUGUCUGGAUGGAGAGGAUGAGUCCAAGACACACAGACAACCGGAGACGUCACUUCCUGUUCUCACCAUCACAGAGCACAUUUCUCCUAAAACUGAAACGAGGGCUGCCAGAGAGCAGCUGGAGUCAAAGCUGAACUGUGGAGUUCCUAAAACAUUCGAAGAGAUUCAUGAGGACGAGGAAGUGCGAGGAAGAGGAGGAGGCCGCGUCAAGAGGGUGGUGGGAGGACUGCAGACAGCACCGACUCAGGUCCAGUGGCAGGUUGCUAUAGAGAAGAACAGACGGUUUCUCUGUGGAGGAGCGUAUAUCGGAGGCUGCUGGGUAAUCACGGCUGCUCACUGCAUGAGGGCAGACGGAGUUUCUGGUCAAGCCAGCCAAAGGCCGAACCUUGCUGGGUUGAGAGUGAAGUUUUCUCUCUGGAAAAGGAGCCGAGUUCAGGCCUCAACAGAUAUUGCUCUUGUUCAGGACGUCCACAUCCACCCUCGGUUCGACAACAGUAACGGUGAGAAUGACAUCGCCUUGGUGCAGCUGAUGAAACUUCCUUACUCAGAGCAAUGUCUACAGGACAAUCCUGCCAUCAGCCCGAUCUGCGUUCCCUGGACCUCCAGACUCUUCCAUCCCAACCACACCUGCAGCAUCUCUGGAUGGGGACGCAGCGGAGCUGGCAGGCUACCUCAGUACCUCCAGUGGGUCAACGUGUCGCUCAUUGCAGACUGUCAGAGAUUUUAUAAAGACACCUUUAAACCCGGCAUGAUCUGUGCAGGUGAUCUGGAAGGUAACGUGGACUCCUGUCAGGGGGACAGCGGAGGUCCUCUGGUUUGUAAGGACGAACUCGGUGUUUCUUACCUGUGGGGCAUCGUGAGCUGGGGAAGAAGGUGUGCUGUGCCAGGAGCUCCUGGAGUUUAUACGCAGGUCGCUCACUUCUUUGAGUGGAUCCGACAUCACACUGGCUGGUCGGCUGUGACGAAGUUUGACGAGCUAAUGAUUGAUCGAUGUCGUCAUCAGUGGACAGAUAUCAGACCGUCAGUCAGCAUCAGUCAGAGUAACUGUCUCUCUGGCUGCAGCUGUUUAAAAGUUAUUUUAUUAUUGUCUUCUGGCAACGACUUUUUAGUGCACAAUAGAAAAAGAAGUGUUGAGGAAACCAAACUGUUUUCAUUUGUCAGGAUGAGAUCAGCAGGAGUUUCUCUUUUCCUGCUGUUUCUUCUCUUUGUUCACUCUGAAACGGUGGAACAAAUGUUAACAACUCACAACUUCAACCCACAGCAUUUUAAUGGCCAGGUGGAACAAAAGUUGACAGCUGACAACCUCGACCCACAGCAUUUUAAUAGCCAGGUGGAACAAAAGUUGACAGCUGACGACCUCGACCCACAGUGGCCAAGUAAUCAGGAUGGAUCAUCAACAGACAAGCAGGGAACAAAGCCAACAGCCAAACCUUCCACCCCUCAGCAGCCAGAUAAUACCGACAAAUCAUUUCCAGAUCCACAGGAUAAAGAGUCCACAUCCAAACCCUCCACCCAGGAAACAACAACCCAGCCCACCACCACCGUGGUCAACAGCUCUGCUCCCACAACCACUGGAACAAAUGAGGCAGACAUGUUUUUGGGUCCACAGGAGUGUUGGGACAAGAAGUUUACUCGUGAAUCAUGUGAUCUGGUGUUUUGUCCUCCAUGGGAGCGUUGCAUUGGAGGACAAUGCUCCUGUAAGACACCCUACCUGUGUCCUGUUAUUGAGAAUGGGGUCCCAGUUUGUGGGCGGGACAAUAGAAACUACCGCUCCUUCUGCCAGGUGAUGGCUGUCUCAUGUCGGACCAGGAAACCUGUCAUGUCCCACUUUGGGGUAAAUUGUGGAGGUAGUCAACCAAAGUUUAGUACUUCAAUAGACCAAGAAACAAAAGUGGUGAAGGUCUUUGUUCCUGAUGCUAGAAGCCCCAAUGGUGGGGAGGAGUUACUGGUGUGUGGGAAGACUUGGAACAUGGCGGCUGCUAACGUGGCCUGCAAGGAAAAUGGGACUCUACUUGGUGCAAUGGAUGCUCAUCACAUUGGUUACAACAACCUGACAGCCACAAAGUUCCCACGCAGAUGUGUUAACGUCCGUUGCCAAGGCUAUGAGACUUCUCUUGCUGAGUGUGUAAUCUACAACAAGAUCGAGAUUGGCACUAAGAGCCUCGCUACAGCAACCUGUUAUAAGGCACCAAGUGACACAACGUGUGGCUUCAGAUGUGUAAACAGCAAGUGUGUGUCUCUGGAGCAGACUUGUGAUGGAGUCGAUGAUUGUGGCGACCGCAGUGACGAGAUGUGCUGCAAAGCAUGCAGGAAAGGAGCUUUCCUCUGCAAGACUGGUGUGUGUGUGCCUAAAGAUGCACUCGGUGACAAACAGAUGGACUGUCUGGACGGAGAGGAUGAAUCACCAAAACAAGCUUUGGCCAAAGUGCGAGAGCAGGUGCCCCGACAACUCAGAAACUCAGACUUCAUCUCCCCAAAAAAUGAAACGGCCAAAACCAGAGAGCAUCUGGAGUCCAGGUUAGAGUGUGGGAUCCCAAAUAUGGACAUCAUGGACGAUGAGGUAGCGGAUGAGCGAGGACGGAGCAGCCGAAUCAAGAGAGUGGUCGGGGGAAUCCCAUCAAAACCAACUCAGAUCCAGUGGCAAAUCGCUCUGGAGGACAACAGGAAGAUCGACUGUGGAGGAGCUUAUAUCGGAGGGUGCUGGGUUCUCACUGCAGCUCACUGCGUCAGGCCCAACCCGUCUGCAUUCAUGGUGAAGUUUUCUUUGUGGAAGAAGUCCAGCGCUCAGGGGACGACUGACAUCGUUCCUGUUAAAAACAUCCAGAUCCACCCAAAGUACAACGCCAGCAGUUAUGAGAACGACAUCGCUCUGGUGCAGCUGGAGAAGCUUCCCUUCAGUGACAAGUGUUUGGAGGACAACCCGGCCGUCAGAGCCGUCUGUGUUCCCUGGUCCACCGAGCUCUUCAGACCCAACCACACCUGCAGCAUCUCUGGAUGGGGAAGAACCGCAGAGGGAAAAGGAUCUCGGGUGCUGCUGUGGGCCAAAGUUUCCCUCAUCGACGACUGUGGGAACUUCUACGGACAUCGAUUCAACGACGGCAUGCUGUGUGCAGGUGACCUGGAAGGUAAGGUGGACUCCUGUCAGGGGGACAGUGGAGGUCCUCUGGUCUGCGAGGAUGAACUCGGGGUUUCUUACUUGUGGGGCAUCGUGAGCUGGGGAGAGAAGUGUGGUCAGCCGGGGUUCCCUGGAGUUUAUACACAGGUGGCUCAUUACUUUGAGUGGAUCAGACUUCACACCGGUUGGCCCGCUGUCACCAAGUUCAACUCCUGAUGAGCCGAACAUGGACUUUGAGUUUUUAAGAGCUGAAAUGUUUUAUUAAAAUAUCACAUUGUGUCUGAUACAAAUUCAAUAAAGCAUGUUUUCUGUGACACCAGUCCCGUUAUCUGGUGUCUCUUCA